AUGGCACUCCGACAGUCCGCGUGCAGAUUGCUAUCGGCAGUCGCUGGCGCUGGUUCGUCCGGUGCUGCUGUGGAAGAAACGGUCGAAACGAUGGCACGAAUCAUACCGGGAAUCUUUAAACAUUCGCGCUGCCGCAACAACGUUUACCCGCAGAGUGACGUGCGACGGUAUCCCGUACCGGAUGAGUCCGUCUUCUGGACACAAACGUACUCCGACUAUCAGCCACCGUUGCACGAAUCGCCCGUACUGCAGGGCAAAGAGUGGGCCGAUCUGGAUGCCGAUAACGCCUCGUUCAGUCCGAAAUGGAACGAGCUGGACGGGAAGGUCAACCGGGUAAGCUUUGUUGGGACGUACGAAAUACGGGACAGCUGCCCGUUGAAUCCGUUCGGGCGCACCGGAAUCCGGGGCCGUGGCAUACUCGGUCGCUGGGGUCCGAACCAUGCGGCCGAUCCGGUCGUAACGCGCUGGAAGCUUGACGAAGCCGGCCAACCGAUAGUGCACCCGGUCAGCGGCAAGCGCAUUCUGCAGAUGUGUGCGAUCGAGCGGACGGAUUGUGGCGAGUGGGCCAUCCCCGGCGGUAUGGUGGAUCCGGGCGAGAAGGUCAGUGCUACGCUGAGGCGCGAAUUUCUCGAGGAAACGAUGGAUAACGAUGCCGGUGAGAUGGCGAGCGAGGUGGAACAGUUCUUUGCGGCCGGGACCGAAAUUUACAAAGGGUACGUGGACGAUCCGCGCAAUACGGAUUGCGCCUGGAUGGAGACGGUCGCGGUAAACUUUCACGAUGAGUCCGGUUCGGUCGUCGGGCGGUUCCCGCUGCAUGCGGGCGAUGAUGCGGCGAAGGUACGCUGGAUGGAUGUCGGCGAGGAGGUGAAACUGUACGCCAGCCAUUCGAACAUCGUCAAACGUGUGGUCGAUAUGCUGGAGGCGCACUGGUGA